AUGGAGUUUACGUCACGCCAAAUGGAGCACAUGAAGAAGAUUCCCUUUCUGGGCAGCCACCGGAAGGUGGUCCUGCAUCCGAUCGUGAUGCUGUCGGUGGUCGACCAUUACAACAGGUGUGCCCAGGGCACCUCGCGACGUGUCGUCGGAACCAUCCUCGGCGAAGUCAUCGAGGGAGAUAUACACAUCACCAAUUCGUUCGCCGUCCCGUUCGAAGAAGAUGCGAAAAACCCGCUCGUCUGGUUUUUCGACCACAAUUACCACGAACACAUGUUCACCAUGUUCAAAAAGAUCAACACGAAGGAGAAGGUGCUCGGUUGGUACAGCACCGGACCCAAGUGCAAGCCAGCGGACCUGGAAAUCCACGAGCUAUAUCGCAAAUACUGCCCGAAUCCGAUCUACGUUAUUGUCGACAUUAGCCAGGUUUUCACGUUGAUGCAGAAAGAGGAGCUGCCAAUAGAGGCGUACAUAUCGGUGGAGGAGCCUACUAGUGACAGGCGGUUCAGGAGGACCUUUGCCCAUGUCCCGUCGGAAAUGGGUGCAUUCGAGGCCGAGGAGGUAGGGUUGGAGCACCUCCUGCGCGACCUCACUAACGUCACCACCUCAACGCUCUCCAAAAAGGUGGAAAGCAAAAUAUCGGCACUAAAGUCCAUGACAUCAAAUCUGGCAGAGAUCACGGACUACAUCAAAGGCGUCAUCAGCGGAGUGUACACCGUCAACCCCGCCAUAAUGUAUAUGCUACAGGUGGGAAGCCGACCAUAUAGUGACAAUGUUGCGCAGAACAUCCUCAACCUCUUCCCGUCGACCGAUAGCGACGAAAUAGUCGAGGCGUUCACAAUUAAUAUGAACGACACGGCGCUCGCCAUGUACCUCGGCAGCAUCAUCCGAGCCAUGCUAGCGCUUCACAACCUCAUCGACAACAUGGUCGAAAACAAGCGUAUAGCCGGCGAGAAGUCGAAAACAUCGACAUAA